AUGGAUCCAAUGGACAUCUCAAACUCAUCGCAUGAUGACCUCUCCGUGGGUGAUGUCUUCACUCCGCAGGCGGACAUUGCGCGGUCUCCCGACGGAAUGCAUCUGGACCCCAAAAGGGAUACGGGUUUUCGGAUGACCGGUGGCAGUCCGGAGCGCAAGCAAACGUCCCCCUCAAAGGAUCCCGACGGAACCCAACCCUUUCCCGCGCCAAACCUGAACAUGAAUCCUUUGGCCAGGAAAAGAGAUCGAGGCAGGAAGAAGAAAAAGCAAGGAAACCACGUUGCACCGGCCAUCUCCACGGUACGCGGCUUUAACCCUGUAGGCUCUGGUGACGAAGAGUCCGAUCUGUCAGCCGCCAGUUCCCGGGCUCCCAGUUCACACCCACGUCCUGUGGGGAAGAAUGGAGAUAGCCCUAGAGCGAAGGCCUCGGGCGCGGGUGUCAGCGCCCUCAAGCUUCAGCUGGAUUCUCUCAAUAUUUCCAACGGCUCAGUUUCGCCCUGCACGCAGAGCGACCUAGGCUCAGAGCCGCCAAGCAAUGCCAGUGUCUGCUCAGACAGUGACCAAACUGAAGUUCUGACUAGCUACGAAGUUCCACUGGAACACGACUACGUUAGCGCAGAUGCCGCGGCAGAAGAGAGCUCUCAGAACACCUCGAGCGUUCGUGACAUGCGCACUCAACUGUGCCGGAAGAUGACCACCGAUGACUUCGAACCAUUGCUCUGUCUUGGAAAGGGCUCGUUCGGGACGGUGUUGCUUGUACGCCAUGCGCUCACAGGAAAGCUGUAUGCGCAGAAGCAAUUCAAGAAGGCCUCCAUUACCGUGCAUAAGAAGCUGGUGGAGCAGACGAAGACCGAGCGCACCAUUCUAGAGAGCGUCAAUCGUCACCCUUUUGUCGUCAAGUUCUUCUACGCCUUCCAGGACCACGAGAAACUCUACCUUAUCCUGGAAUACGCCCAGGGCGGCGAGCUCUUCACUCAUCUGGCCAUGGAACGCAUGUUCAACGAGGAUGUCGCUGCUUUCUACAUGGCGGAAAUGGUCCUUGCGCUGGAGCAUCUCCACCAGAAUGUCGGAGUGAUCUAUCGCGAUCUCAAGCCCGAAAACUGUCUGCUGGACCACGAGGGUCAUCUUCUCCUGACGGACUUUGGUCUCAGCAAGAUUGCGGUGGAUGACGACGCUCGCUGCGAUUCUUCCCUGGGCACCAUCGAAUACAUGGCCCCCGAAGUCAUCCAGGGUAAACCGUACGGUAAGGCGUGUGAUUGGUGGUCACUGGGCGCGCUUGGGUACGACCUCCUCACCGGGUCGCCCCCGUUCACCGCGAACAACAACGCCAAGUUGCAAGAGAAGAUUCUCAAGCAGAAGCUGACGCUGCCCUACUUCCUCGGGCCCGACGCAAAGGACCUCCUCACCCGACUCCUGCGGAAGGAGCCAUCAAAGCGCCUUGGCUACCACAUGCCCAAGGACCUCCAGACCAUCAAGAAACACCGCUUCUUCCGCAAGAUUGACUGGAAGGCCCUUGAACGUCGCGAGCUCACGCCACCCAUCAACCCCGUUGUGACAGAUCCCGCCAUGGCCGAGAACUUUUCUCUGGAUUUCACCCAAUUGCCGCUGAGCCCGAUCGUCACCGGCAGCGCAUUCGAUGACUUCCACGCCGGACGUCACCGGGGCAGCCAUCGUGCGGCGUUGUCAUUUGGCCACGACGGUGGUGAGAACGACCCCUUUGGCGGAUUCAGCUUUGUUGCGCCUAGCAGUUUACUCGACCACCAUGGUCCGGGAAUGAUGACUGCGGGCUAUUGA